GCUUCGUUCCUCUCUCCAUCACCCGUGGGUCCAUUCAUACCAAUUCGCUCGUUCUCAUGAAUAAUUAAUGAGGCGAUUUAAUUGGUCGCUCAAGGUACACCUAAAGCGAUAUUGUCCAAUCAGCAAGUCCCUUUCAAAGCACUUUCGCUUUAUACUUCAAAAUGGCGUCAAUUGAUCAAGUGGCUAGCGAACGAUUUGGAAUAAGCAAAUUAAAGACAUUUCAGAAAGAUACACUAGAAAAGCUACUUGAAGGAAGGGAUGUAUAUUUGUCUAUGAAGACAGGGGGUGGGAAGAGCUUAUGUUAUCAAGCUUUUCAAGUGUUGUGGACUGAAAAACACCGCCUUCCCUGCAAUGUGUUAGUGAUAUCCCCUCUUAUUUCAAUAAUGAAAGAACAAUGCGAGUUUUUGCAGUCACUUGGAUUUACUGCAACAUAUAUCGGUAGAAACUCAGAAGAAUAUGCACAGAUAGCAGAUGAGACGUUUCAGUUUUUAUUUACCUCUCCGGAAGCGAUAUUGUCUGUUACUAAGUGGCGAGAAAUGGUGACCAGAAGCCAACACUUCAGAUUGAUUGUUAUAGACGAGGUCCACACUGUUUUACGAUGGGGUGAAAGUGGUACCAGAGGGGAUGAACCUUUCAGAGUCUGGUAUGAAAAAAUUGGAGAAGUACGAUCACUGAUACAGUGUCCUAUUUUACUAAUAACUGCAACUGCUAACAAGGCUGCUAGAGCUGACCUAAAGAAAAAGUUUGCCAUGAAUAAUUGUUAUGAAAUGAUUGACAAUCCUGAUCGAAACAAUAUAAAAUUAUUUGUGAAAAAGGUCAAAAGUACUGUACCAUUACCAGAUUUAUUUUUCUUUUCAAUAAAAUUAUUAAGGGAAAAGGGAACACUUUGUGAACGUUUUAUUAUUUUUUGCCCUUCUAUCAAGUUAUGUGGUGAUGUUUUUAGUGCAUUUAGGAUGGAAAAAUCUCAGAACAUUGAUAUGUAUCAUUAAAAAACAAAUGAAACUGUAAAAGAAAAUAUAAAACAAGACAUGCAGGAUGCAAAUGGCAAAAUAAGAGUGUUGAUAGCAACAAGUGCUGCAGGGAUGGGGGUAAAUUUUAAAGGUGUAAACAAUGUAAUUCAUUUUGGUCCACCAAAAGAUAUGGA